AUGCCCGUCUCAAAGGAAUACGGCAGGCGUCUUAUCCCUACAAUUGUGGAUGAGUUAGCUCAAGAAGAACCUGACCGUGCUGUAUACUCAAUCCCCCAUUCGCAAGAUGUUUCUGAGGGCUUUCGUGACAUUUCCGCUUCUGUAUUUGCGAAUGCAAUCAACAGAACAGCCUGGUGGCUUGAGUCGGAGUUUGGGAGAGGCUCAAACUUCGAAACAGUCGGAUACAUUGGUCCUCACGAUCUCCGAUAUGUAAUCCUGAUCAUCGCGUGCGUCAAGGCUGGCUACAAGGCCCUUCUACCUUCUCCACGAAACAGCAUCGAAGCUACUCUUGCAGUCUUAAAUGCCACCAAUUGCAAUAUCUGGGUAACUCCAAAAACGCGACCAGACUUUCUUCCGCAGAUACUCUCCCAAUGGCCUAUGAAUGUACUGGAGAUUCCCGAAUCAGACACACUCCUGCAACCAGAUGCAGUCGCUGCAUACCCAUACAACAAAACUUUUGAAGAGGCUGCCAACGAUCCCUUCUGCGUCCUUCACACUUCUGGAUCCACUGGCCUUCCCAAACCCAUCGUUUGGAAGAAUUCUCUUCUUGGUACAUUGGAUGCCACACGCUUACUGCCAGAAAGCUACGGUCGCCGUCCCUGGACUGUCAUGUUCGAGAAGGGAGAUCGAUAUUAUUGUGCAUUCCCUCUUUACCAUGGCGCAGGAUUGCUUAUGAAUAUCCUGGUGAAAACCUUCUACGACACAUGCAACGUGAUGGGUCCCGUCGGUGUGCCUCCAACAAUCAAUCUUGUUGAAUCACUUCUUGAUCAUGGAAAGAUUGAUAUCUGGAGCAUCAUUCCUUCUAUCGUUGAUGACAUUGGGGAGGCACCUCACAUCACCGCAAAGUUUGCAAGCGCAAAAUUCAUAGUUGCAUCGGGCGGCCCUGUCACAUUUGCAAGCGCCGACAAGGCUACUAAGGCCGUUAGGAUAUGCAACAUCACAGGUACUUCUGAAGGACUUUUCCAGGGAAGCCUUCUCGUCGAACCGGAAGACUGGAUCUAUUUCUCAUUCCAUCCAUAUGCUGGCUUCGAGUUCAGAGAGAUUGCCGAAGGCGUCUAUGAGCAUUGGGCUGUCCGGAAUGAGGAUCGCGUCGGCCUACACCAGGGUAUUUUCCAUACGUUUCCAGACGUGAAAGAAAUGACCCUCAAAGAUCUUUAUUCGCCGCAUCCUACAAAGCCAAACUUGUGGAUCUACCGAGGCAGAACAGACGAUUUGCUCGUCAUGACAAGCGGAGAAAAGAUCCGUCCUCUUCCAAUGGAAGCAAUCAUCAACAGCCAUCCAGCUGUUAGCGCAGCGCUUGUAAUCGGAACAGGCCAGACGAUGCUGUCGCUUCUCAUCGAGUUGGUUGGUGACGAGCCUUCAACCGCAGCAGAGCGUGAAGCACUCUUGGAUAGUAUUUUAGAGAGAGUCCACAUUGCGAACUCCUUGGGACCUUCGAAUGCACGCAUAUUCAGGGAGUACAUCUGGUUUGCGAAGCCCGAUAAGCCGUUUGUCCGGACGGAUAAAAACACUGUUAAGCGUCGGGACACUGUUCUCCUUUAUGAAAGGGAGAUUGAGCAAUUCUAUGAGAGCAUGGAAGAAGAUGGUAACUACGCCGCCAUUGACAUUACCUCCCCAGAGACAAUUGCCCGGGGCAUCCGAAACAUGCUCGUAGAUUCAUUGCCGUCGAUGAAGGAGGUUGGGUCGGAUGAAGACCUUUCAAACGCCGGAUUGGACUCCGCGCUGGCAUUCCGCCUUUCAAAAUCACUUCGUUCAGCCCUUGCUGACCAUGAGGAAAAGAAAUCCGGGCUUACUCCCAAGUUUGUAUACGCUCAUCCAACAAUGAACGCUUUGGCGAGAGCUUCCUACGAUUUCAUCCACAAGGCGGGCAGCAGCUCUGACAACUCCCCGGAAUUGCAACAGAAGAGUAUGGAACAACUUCUUGCCAAAUACACUGCUGGCUUGCCUUCUCCACGAAAACAUGUACCGAACACAGCAGAUGGGUACACGCUCAUCACAACAGGAAGUACUGGAUCACUUGGUUCCUACCUACUGGAAUCACUUUUACACCAAGACAAGACCGUGAAGAAGAUAUACUGUCUGAACCGAAGCGAAGAUGGAAAGGCCAAACAGACGGAAAUAAGCGGACCGCGGGGACUAACCACAGCUUGGUCUUCAAAGAGUGUUGAAUUUCUACAAGCAGACUUGUCGAAACCAGAGCUUGGCCUUGAGAAGAACAAAUAUGACGAACUUCUUAGGCAAGCAACGCACAUCAUCCAUAACCAGUGGCCGGUCAACUACAACUGGGACAUUGCUUCAUUUGAGCCUCAUAUCCGCGGUGUCCGGAAUCUGAUUGACUUCGCAUACGAAAGCAAUCAUGGGGCCUCCCUGUUCUUCGUGUCAACGAUCGCAACAGUUAGCCAUUUGAGGCCUCACGGUGCUGUUCCUGAAGCACCAAAUCAUAUCUUGACUUCCACCGUCGGAGGCUACGGCUCUGGAAAGCAGGUGUCGGAGCUGAUAUUAGAGGAGGCGGUGAAAACCUCCGGUGUCAAUGCCUCUAUUUGCCGCGUGGGGCAGAUUGCGGGACCUGUCUUACGUGGGCCGGAGAAGGGCAUGUGGGGUAAGCAGGAGUGGCUGCCAACGAUCAUCGCCAGUUCCAAGUACCUCGGUGUGCUUCCAUCGACAUUAGGGCCUCUGAGCCGAGUUGAUUGGAUUCCCGUUGACAUCCUCGCUGACGUUAUUGUCGAGCUGAGCGGUGCAGCAGAUGAUGGCAGGACUGUUGCAAUCGUUUCCAGGAACGCAGCUGCCAUUGAGCCGGCUGUCUACCACGCAGUCAACCCUAAUGCUAUCGAUUGGGCUAGCCUGGUCCCUUCAGUGGCAAAGCACCUUGGCGAGUCAAUCACAAUCGUGGAAUGGGAUCAGUGGAUGGAUGCGUUGCGAAAGUCUACGCUUGGUGCUACGGCGACAGUCUCACUGAAACAGAAUCCGGCCUUGAAACUGCUUGACUUCUUCGAAUCGUGGGGAACGGCGGAUGAGGCAGAGGAAUGGCCUGUCUUGGAGACAGCAGAGACGGCGAAGAAGAGUACAAAAAUGGCUGAGCUUCAGCCGGUUUCUGAAGAAUGGAUGGAGUUGUGGCUAAGACAGUGGAAGCUUUAACUUUUUCCUCUUUCGAAAGUUGGAGGAGGUAUUUUCAAUAGGUUUCUCUUAGCAAGGGGAUUUAUUUGGGGUUAUUCUUUCAAAU